CACGAAAAACCUCCACCACCGCCACAAACAUGGCUUACACGUCAGCUGAAGAAAUCACCAACCGCAAUGCGACUAUUUCUGAACAUCUUUGGGUCUCUUGGCUACGGAUAUUCUAAGCAAAUCGCAGCGAGGAGGGCUCUCAUGAUGUACAAGGAGCUAUGCGCACCAAAGGCGGAAGAGGAGGAAGAAUUUUGGAGGAACGAAUGCCAUCUUCCGCCCACGUUUCAAUCUUGGUUCACAAUCACUAAUCUCCAUGUUUGGAUUCUCACCACCCGACUCCGAGCACUUCCCUCCCCACACGGUCAAGAGCAUAUACAAGGCUUGAUCGAUCACUUCUUCCUCGACGUCGAUGAGCGAAUACGCCAAGUUCUUCAGCCGCUCCCGCCUCCGUCAUCAAAAUCUGUCUCAAAGGGCUCAACUUUAGAGGAGGCCUUCUACACAAAACCUGUCAAGCGUGGACGUGCGCCAGAAGCCCUCGUAACAAAACAGAUGAAGAUAUUCCGAGAGCAAUGGGCAGGACUUGGGAUGGCCUGUGAUCUUGCGCUCGUGCGCGGUGACGCAGAGCUCGCAGGUGCAAUCUGGCGGAACCUGCUAGGCGCGCGAGGUGCCAACGGGAUUGUGUAUCCAACUUCUACAGAAUCCGAGGCUGUGUCAGCGCCAUCAUUCCGUCGCGCGAUAAAUCCGGGCGGGGAAGUUGAAAAAUACAGCAAAUAUUCGUCUGACGCGAUACAGCGUCUCGAGAUGCGGAACGACGGGUCUGGUGUCCACGACUUUGCACCAGAAGAGGCGGAUCGGUAUCUUCGGUAUCCCGAGACCAUGGAGCAGCUAGUGACAUACGUGCGAAAGGAGGUGGUGAGACUUUCGAGAAUCAGUGACGAUGAGAUUAUGGGCGGCGAU